AAAAAAAAAAAACACACACAUGUUUGUGUAGUAAACCUAACCGUGAUAAAUCAUUGUUGUUAAUUAUCAAAAUAUAAUAUUUAAAACAAUAAAAAAAUGUACAGUCGUAAAUUAUCAAGUUUAUUAAUUUCAUUUGGUUCGAAAUUUCAACAAAAACAUGUUGCUGGAAUUAAAACUAUUACUAGUAGCUUGUUAUCAUCAUCACCAUCAUCAUCAAUUGUUGAAACAAAAGUUAAAAUAAUACCCAAUAUUUCAUUAAUUACUGAUAGAAAUUUUUGUACAUCAACUCGUCCACCAAAUAAAGAUGAAAUAGCUGAAAUGCAAAUGAAAGAAUUUGUCAAAGAUCCAGAAAAUAAAAGAUUAUUUGACAUAAUUAAACUUGAAGUUGAAGUAAUGAGACAGAAUGGUGAAAAUGUACCUGAAAAAUUACGACCAAGAGAUUGGUAUGAAUUAAUAUUAUCACCAUCACGUGGUAAAAGAAGACGUUUAUUGGACUUUUUAUUUGGCAUAGAAAGAAAGAAAGAACACGAGAAAGAAAAAAAAGCUCUUAAACGUGAUGAACGUGAUAAAUAUUUUGCUGAAAAUGAUGAUCCAACAAUACCAGAACAUUUACAAUAUAAACUAGGUGCUAAUACACCAUUUUUACGUUUGUAUGAUACAACAAUUAAUAAUCAUUACAAUUGGCAGUUGAUGAAGGCAUCAAUGUUUGGUACAAAAAUAAUUGUUGAUUGUGGUUUUGAACAAGAUAUGACAAGAUCGGAAGUUAAAAAUUGUGCAAAACAAUUACAGCUGUCAUUUGCAGCUAAUCGUGCUCAUAGAGAUCCAUUUGAUUUACAUUAUUAUAAUUUAAAUACCAGUGGUAUGUUGCAUAGUGAUUUUUAUGCAUUUAUACCAACAAUGUAUGAUCCAACUUUUCCAAUUAAUUUAACACAAAAAAGUUACCUAGAAGAUUUUAAAAAAGAAGAAUUAAUUUAUCUAACACCUGAUGCUACAAUAGAAAUGAAAGAAUUUAAUCAUAAUGCUACAUAUAUUAUUGGUGCUAUUGUUGAUAAGAUAAGUGGAAAACCAUUGUCACUUGCUAAAGCUAAACGAGAGGGCAUCAAAAUGGUUAAGCUACCAAUGGAUACUUAUUUACACUUUGGUUCUGGUAGUGGAAAAAGUUUGACUAUCAAUCAAAUGGUUGAUAUUUUGUUGGAUCUUAAAAUGACCAAUGAUUGGGAAUUUGCAUUACGACAUGUACCAAAAAGAAAAUUAUUUGACAGUCGUCAAAAUGCAAUGGAAAGAAAAGCACGACGUUAUUUAGCUGAAACUUCUCAAGAAGCACAAGCAUAUACAGCACCAAGAGAUUUUACACUUGAAGCACGAAAAAAAUUUCAAAUUAAAAAAUAAUUAAUCAAUUUUUUUUUUUGUAUUAUUUUAAUGAUAAAAAUAAUAAAAGUUAACAAUUUUUUAUUUAAAACAUUUA